AUGAUAUGGCUGACUAAUACGCAUUAUCAUCCCCACUACCCCACUAUCUCUCAUCUUGGAUCAAAACAUCCAACAAAACCAACCUCAACUUCCCGGCUUUCAUCUUCAUUUAAUCCAACACAGUCUCUAGCAAGCUCAUACAGAUCGUUCACGAUGGGACCACCGGCAAUUAUCGCUCCCUCAAUUCUCUCUGCCGACUUUGGCUCUCUCGGUGCAGCAUGCUCCGGGUUGAUGGACAAUGACAGCGACUGGAUCCACGUUGAUAUCAUGGACGGUCAUUUCGUGCCGAACAUCACCUUCGGACCUCCGGUUGUCUCAAAGAUAAGAACUCAUGUCCAAAGGCCGACUUGUGCAGGUGGAAAAGGGACCUUUGAUUGCCAUAUGAUGAUUGCUGAGGUACCCACACCCUUCCGUUUCCUCCGCAUCCCUAUGCCUCAACCUCAAAAAUGGGCUAAAGAAUUUAAAGACGCCGGGUGUGACCUGUACUGCUUCCAUUACGAGGCGGCUGUCGAGUCCACUGCUGCCAAGGAGCCUUCGGAUAACACGACAACCGAAAAAACAAGCCCAAAGGAGCUAAUUCGUUAUAUACACGAACUAGGCAUGCAGGCAGGCAUUGCCAUUAAACCAGAGACCAGUGUAAAUGUGCUCUGGGAUAUAUUAGAAAACAAGGAGGCAAUUGAACGACCAGAUAUGGUACUUGUUAUGACAGUUAACCCAGGCUUCGGCGGCCAAAAGUUCAUGGCUUCCGAGUUACCCAAGGUCCAGGCCCUGAGAGCCAAAUACCCCGACAUGAACAUCGAGGUCGAUGGUGGACUGGGCGUUGGAACCAUAGACCAGGCGGCUGAUGCGGGUGCUAAUGUCAUCGUCGCGGGAUCCGCCGUUUUUGGAGCCCAGAACCCCGCUGAAGUUAUUGCAAAACUUCGAGAGGCAGUUGAAAAGCGAAGACGAUCUUAG